AUGGACAAAGCGAGCCGGGUUCAGCCGUCCCUGGACUAUGAGGUGUCGUCCUUUGAUGCGUCCUUGGGCCGAUGGGUCGCUGUCAGCGGCGCCCAGGCCACCGGCUUCGAGUCCGGGGAUGCCGUCCUCGCACGCAUGGCGCAGGCGUCGACGCGGCUUCGCGUGCAAUUGCUGGGCUUGACCAGGGAUCCAGACCGGCUUCUGGUGGAGCUGGAGGUGCCCACAGCUUCCCUCGCGCCGUUGCCAUCCGAGCUGUCUGUGGCCAUCUCCAUACCGCGAUUGACGUGGUCUGUGUUGAACUCGGGGUAUGCGCUGCCACCCGUCCAGGGGCCUUCUUCGGAGGAGCCUUUCGGGGAUUUCUCCUUCUAUGGCGUGCACAUCGGCGUGUGGCAGGGCUCUGGCCAAGGUCUGGCGGUGGGCGCCAGGGCGGAAAGUGUCGGUGUGGAGUUCUACGAUAUGUCGACGCUCUCCCUGGUGCCACUGGUCUUACCCGAGGACAGCCCUCGCUUUACGGCUCCGCAGGUUUAUUUCUUUGCAGACCACUUCGGAUGGUUCUACCCGACCCCUGCUUUGGAGGACCAAGCUGCCACGGACAAGCCCGAGACGCCCUGA